AUGGACAGUAGAACUGCGUCAGAAGCAUUCGCAGUGACCAACGCAAUGAAGCAGGACUGCGUCCUCGCGCCUACCCUCUUCCGCCUCAUGUUCUCUGCCAUGAUGAUAGACGCCUACCGUGAUGAACGCCCCGGGGUCCGCAUCGCCUACAGGACUGACGGCCACCUCCUCAACCACAGACGGAUGCACUUCCAGUCGCGUGUAUCCACAACCGCCGUCCACGAACCUCUCUUCGUCAAUGACUGUGUCCUCAACAUUACCUUGGAGGAGGACAUGCAAAGGAGUAUGAACAUCUUCGCCGCUGUCUGCAAGAACUUCGGCCUGAUCAUCAACACGGAGAAGACGGUGGUCAUGCACCAACCGCCACCCAACGCUGUCAGCAUUGUGCCGCAUAUCAGCGUGAACGGAACACAAAUGCAAGUGGUGGACAACUUUGCGUAUCUGGGCAGCACCUUCUCCAGCACCACCAAAAUCGACGACGAAGUUGCUCGCCGCAUUUCCAAGGCCAGCCAUGCCUUCAAUCGUCUGUAG